AUUCAAAUAUUUGACCAAGAUUCCUCACGAAGGCCAAGGGUUUUCUUGCAAAGAACUGAGUAAAAGCUACAAUGGAAGAAAACCCACACUCUCCUCAUCUACUCAUCUUUCCUCUCCCGUUCCAAGGCCAUCUAAACUCUAUGCUGAAGCUUGCCGAGCUCCUCAGCCUACAAGGCCUCAGUAUCACCUUCCUAAACUCCCACCACAGCCACAAACGCCUCCUCCGUUAUACUGAUAUUCAUGCCCGUUUUGCUCAGUAUCCUGGAUUCAGGUUCAAGACCUUCUCUGAUGGUCUCCCAGAUGAUCACCCGCGAACAAUUCACCAAAUUACGGAGAUGUUCGAUGCCUUGUAUUUAAGUGCCCGGCCGUUUCUUAAAAAGAUGCUGAUUGAUACUUUGCCGCCAGUGAGCUGCAUCAUCGGAGAUGGAAUUUUGGGGUUUGUUCCUGACGUUGCUAAGGAGCUUAAAAUUCCUCUCAUUCAUUUUCGCACUGUAAGUGCUUGUUCCAUUUGGGCGUAUUUCUGCAUUCCCCUACUCAUCCAAGCGGGCAACAUACCACUGAGAGGACGUCAUGAAGACAUGGAUCGUCUGAUAACGACAGUGCCAGGCAUGGAAGCUUUUCUCCGUGGCCGAGAUCUCCCCGGCAUUUGCAAAGACAAUGACAUAAACGACCGGAUUUUUCAAUUUGUUUUGGAUGCGACUCUGAAGUCCUCUGAAGUCGAUGUUCUGCUACUCAACACGUUUGAAGACUUAGAAGGACCUAUGCUAUCUCAUAUACGCACUAAGUGCCCCAAAAUCUACACCAUUGGACCUCUCCACCUGCACCUCGAAACAAGAUUAGCAGCCUCAAAUAAUAUGGAAUCAUUCAAAUCAUCAAACAGUCUCUGGGAAGUGGAUAGAAGUUGCAUGGUAUGGCUUGAUAAACAGCCUCCACAAUCUGUAAUCUAUGUGAGCUUUGGCAGUCUUGCAAUGCUAACAAGAGAACAAUACCUGGAGUUCUGGCAUGGACUUGUUAAUAGUAAACAGAGGUUCUUGUGGGUUACUAGGCCGGGUUCAGUGGGUGGUGAUGAUGAUAGCGCAAUGGAGCUUGCGGAGGGGACUAAGGAGAGAGGGUACAUAGUGGGUUGGGCUCCACAAGAGGAGGUCUUGGCCCACAAGGCAGUCGGUGGAUUCUUGACCCACAGUGGUUGGAACUCAACUUUAGAGAGUAUAGUGGCGGGGGUUCCCAUGAUAUGUUGGCCAUGUUUAGCUGAUCAACCGUUGAAUAGUAGGUUUGUGAGUGAGGUGUGGAAAAUUGGAAUUGAUAUGAAAGAUGUUUGUGAUAGAAAGGUGGUUGAGAGAAUGAUUAACGAUGUGAUGGUUGAGAGGAGGGAAGAGUUUGUGAAAUCAGCCAAAAAUUUGGCUACUUUGGCUAGAAGAAGUAUUAGUGAUGGUGGAUCAUCACGUGGCAACUUAGACCUUCUGAUAAAUGACAUAAGGAAUAUGAGCUUUCAAACACAUUGUAGCUGAAUGUUAGUUGUAGUAUACUGCUAUGUUGAAGCUUAGCUUUAAUUGUCCCAAUCUUGCAGCUUUUUUUUUUUUUUUCUUUUUUAAUGAUCAAUAAGAGGGAAGAGAAUUAAUUAAUGUCGAAGAAGCAAUUGAUAUAUUGGGUUGAAUAAUUGCUAUCGUAAAAAUUCUAUAAAGAGGAUUUUGAUUUAAUUCU